AUGAUUCCCAAUCCAGCAUCCUUGAUCAAGGGUAAGCAAGAGCUUCCCGAAGUCGACCAACUAGAAACCAUUUCGCUCGAAACGCUCAACCAGUAUCACUGCGACAAUCCCGAUCGCCGACUCGUUAGCUUGUUUGGGACAGUGUACGAUGUAACCUCGUCGGAAAAUUCCUACGGAUCUGACGGGGCGUAUAAGGAGUAUGCAGGGCACGAUGUGACGUUGGCGCUGUCGAUGCACAAGACACAAGAAGAGUACGUCGAGGAAGUCAAAAUUGAUAUUUCAGUGACAUCCGUAAGAGAGGCUCAUUUUCGUUUGAAAGAUUGUGCACAACUAACACUCUUGCAACAAUCCUCCGUUGCUUCACUAGAUGGCUGGAUCGCUUUGUGCAAAUGA